AUGGUUGGCAGAACCCAACUGGCCAUUGUUGAUCAUAACAACAACAGCAAUMGAGAACAAGCAAUUACUAAGAAAGGAGAAGGCCGAUAUCGUGUGGUUUUUCCAAAGACAAGAAAAACCUGGGUCGCUAAGCCAGUGCUAACACAGAAGUCAUAUUCAUUUGUAAACAUCAUGGUGGAUGAAAUAGCUGAAUGUCACAAGAAUAAGAAAACACUGCCAAAAAUACAAGUACCUGAACACAUUCCAAAGAACAUCGCCACUGUCAAAAGACCACCAAAGGAGGAAGUCGUGAAGAAGCAUAUAUCUCGAAUGAUCAAAAAGAAAAAGGAAAAAUCUCAAUCUAAUGAUUCUAUUUCAGAUCAUUCUACUCGUCUGGAUAGUGAAAACCAGAGAAUUCGAAGUCAUCUUCAAGACCAGGUGGAGGAAAGUGAGCGCGGAUGCACAUCACGGCACAUGAAGGCAAAACCACUCGAAUUUCUUUUCCUAAGACACCCCAACACCAUCUCACUAACUGACGAUAUGCUACGUGUCGAUUCCUUUUGUGCUCUGGAGUGUGAACGGCACCAUAUUGCUGACGAUAGUGAAACCAGGCAGCUUCCAAAACCCAACGGUUCAGACACACAGCUUUAA